GACGUCUCUGCGACGCGCGUGGCGCCACGACGCCUCUCCUGCACACAUACAUGGCGGCACCGGGUCGCGCCCCCCUCCUAACCGCCGCCGUCUGCCCGUCUGCACGCCCAUGGCCACCCUCGCGCCACGCCCCGACCUCCUCCUCGUCGCUCUGAGAAGGUCCCGCGCUAGGACGCUUCGCGUCCGCGCCGCCGCCGUCCCACGUGCCCGCCGUCCUCCGGUGCCACCGCAGGCAGCGCGGCGCGUCUUCCUCGGCCUCGGCGCCGCUUUCGUCGACCAGCUCGCCCGCAUGGCCUCCGGUGGUGCCCCGUCCCGCUCGUUCGUGGCCGCGGCGCGGCCAAGGCAGGGGGUCUCCCCGGUCGAAGAGAUUUUGAAGAAUGUGGAGUGGCCGGACGAGUUCCCUUUCAAGCCCGACGACUUCAGCCGCUUCGACGAGUCAUCAGAUACUGUGUUCUAUUCGGCUCCCCGUUUUGUCACGCACAUUGACGACCCAGCAAUCAGAGCGCUCACAAAAUACUACUCGCAAGUUCUUCCUCCAAGCAACACUCCAGGCGUGGCCAUCCUGGACAUGUGCAGUAGCUGGGUGAGCCAUUAUCCAGCUGGGUACAAGCAAGAGAAGAUCGUAGGGAUGGGUAUGAAUGAAGACGAGCUGAAAAAGAAUCCGGUUUUGACAGAGUAUGUUGUGCAAGACCUCAAUUUGAAUCCGAAGCUUCCUUUUGACGAUAACACCUUUGAUGUUAUAACGAACGUGGUUAGUGUAGACUACUUGACAAAACCAAUGGAUGUUUUUAAGGAGAUGAGACGAAUACUUAAACCAUCUGGAUUAGCUAUCAUGAGCUUUUCAAAUCGCUGCUUUUGGACAAAAGCUAUAUCCAUUUGGACAUCAACUGGUGAUGCUGACCAUGCUUGGAUAGUUGGUGCAUACUACCAUUAUGCUGGAGGGUUUGAGCCCCCUGAGGCUGUUGAUAUAUCUCCCAAUCCAGGACAAACAGAUCCGAUGUACAUUGUUUGCUCUAGAAAGAAAACUGCUUAAUUAAAUAUAUUUUGUAUCGGAAUUUUGCUUAAAAGACCAAAUACUAGCUGACGCACAUAUAUUUCUACCAAGAGGUGACUACUAACGACUCCGGUCUAUUUACAUGUACAUGAUUUCAUAUGUGGCACUCUCGUAUAUUCUGCAGUGUUGAGUAUUUUUUUUC